AUGAAGGGCAACGAUGAAGUUAUCCAAGAAUUCAACGAGAUCGUCAACAUGACGGCCUCAGAGCUCGAGAAGUGGCUCAAGUCAGACGAUUCCAACAGCGCUGGCUGGCCAAAGGAGGAUGAGAAUGGCGAGACUGUUGGACAUGACAGCGGUCGCAAAAUUGUUGAGAUCUUGAAGGAGAACCCUAAGAAGGAACCUGAGAAGUACACCGAUGAGCAAGUCCAGCACAUGCGCAAGGUUGUUUCCUACUGCAAGCGACAUCUUGCUCAAGAGACAAAGGCCAACAACGACAAGUCGCCCGAGGAGGUCAAGAAGACCAAGUCCUACGCGUCACUCAAGAACUGGGGUCACGAUUUCCUCAAAGCUCAGGACAAAGAGAACGGCAGUGAGAGGAAGGAAGAGAAAGAGGACAAAGAAGAAGCGAGCGACGAUGCUGAGGAAGAAGAGGGUGAUGAUGAUGAGAAGAAAACCGGCGAGAAGCGAAGAGCGACGAGAAGCCAGACUAGCUCCAACAAGAAGCGUGAGACUCGCAAGGGAGAGUCUACAAAGUCCAGUGAUGACGAGGAAGAGGAGGAAGAGGAAGACGAUGAGAAGGAGGAGGGACAGAAAAAGCAAUCUAAAAGCCAAUCCAAGAAGUCCAAUGGAUCUUCAAAGAAGGAUGAAGAUGCUGAAGAGGAGCAAGAUGGUGAUGAGGGCGGUGAUGACUCAGGGGCAAAGAAGGGUCCUAAGAAGGGCGAGACUGUGAGCUGGAACUGGGGACAGGGACAGCCAAAGGGCAAGGUCUUGGAUGUCAAGGCUGAAGAUACCACGAUCACGACAAAGAAUGGUAAUGAAGUCUCUAGGAAGGGCGAUGAGGAAGAUCCUGCCGUUGUGUUGGACACGGGUAAAAAUAAGGCUAUCAAGAAGGCUCACGAGCUGAACUAG